AGAAAUCAACUACAUGGAAAUACUUAACUGAGUAACAAAUCGUAGGUGUGUGUUUGUGUAGGUAUGUAUGAUGUAUCUUCCUCAUUCAUUAAUGUACCUAUCAGUCAGAAUAUGGAUAUUAUCAAUGAUUGUUUAGAAUCUGAUUUAGAUUUAAAUUUACGAUGCCCAUUAGAUCCAUCAGAGGUUAUAAAAUGCUUAGAAUUAUGUUUAAGAUCUACCUUAUUCAUAUUUCGAGGUCAACUUUACAGACAGAAAGAGGGUAUAGCAAUGGGCUCACCAGUUCCUCCGAUCGUAGCGAAUUUAUUCAUGCAUUCCGUAGAAACUAGUGCAAUCGCAAAGAGUUUAUGUCCACCAAAGUUAUGGUUAAGGUAUGUAGACGAUAUUUUUAUUAUCAAUAAACGGGAUGGGCGAGACUCUAAUUUAAGGACGACCUUUGAACGAAUCUUAAGUGACCUUGACAAUUAUUAGCCGAUCAGAAGAAAGUUAGUAUAAAGUGAAAAUAUAUGAAAGUAAUGAAUUACAGUGGAUA